AUGAAGCCGGCCUCCCUGCUCCUGCUCCUCUCCUCCGUCCUCCUCUCAUCACACCUCCUCCCCGCCGCCGGCAGACCGCGCUCCCCCCCCGGCUGGCUGGAUGGCAGCGAGCGGCUCCAGACGCAGCGACUGGACGAGGAGCUGCUCCGAGCGGCCGCCGCCGGGGACAGCGCCGCCUCGGACCUGCUGGGCGACAACAUCCUGAGGUUUCUCCGGAGGAAGAACCCGGAGCAUCUCCACCAGCUGCCCGCUGAAGAAGAGGAGGCGGGAGACGAGGAGGCGCUGAGGAGCGCGGUGCAGCUGCUGAAGCGCAGCGAGGACCCGCCGAUGUCCAUCGACCUGACCUUCCACAUGCUGAGGAAUAUGAUCCACAUGGCGAAGAUGGAGGGCGAGAGGGAGCAGGCUCAGAUCAACCGCAACUUGCUCGACGAGGUCGGGAAGUAA